UGCAUGUAGUGGAAAUGGCCAAUCCGACAGUUAUCUUGAAAAAGCAGGGGGAAAUCACUAUUGAGGAUUGUCCCAUUCCAGAACCUAAGCCAGGAGAGGUUCAACUCCAAAUGCAGGAUGUUGGGAUAUGUGGGUCAGAUGUUCAUUACUGGCAGCAUGGAAGAAUUGGUGACUUUGUUGUUAAAGCUCCCAUGGUACUCGGCCACGAGGCAAGUGGGGUGGUCAGCAAAGUGGGAGAGGGUGUAUCCAACCUUAAAGUAGGUGACAGAGUAGCGAUAGAGCCGGGUGUUCCCUGUAGGACCUGUAAACAUUGUAAGACGGGUCGUUACAAUCUCUGCCCCGACAUGAGGUUUUGUGCCACGCCCCCCAUCCAUGGAAACUUGGCAAAAUUUUACACUCAUGCCGCAGAUUUUUGCUUCAAGUUACCAAACAAUGUUAGUACAGAGGAGGGAGCCUUUCUUGAGCCUCUGUCUGUGGGUGUCCAUGCCUGCAAAAGGGGAGGGGUCAGUUUAGGGAGCAGGGUGCUGGUGUGUGGGGCAGGACCAAUUGGACUGGUCAACCUAAUGACAGCAAAGGCCACUGGAGCAUCAGAAGUUUGCAUCACAGAUAUUGAUGAAAAAAGACUAGAAAUUGCAAAGAAAAUUGGUGCUGAUUACACAGUUCUUGUAAAAAGCCGAGAUGGGCGAGAAGUGGCAAAACAGAUAGAGGAAGUGAUGGGGCAGAAACCAGAGGUCACCAUAGAAUGCAGCGGGGCCCCACCUAGUAUACAGACAGCAAUCUAUGCAACAGAGUCAGGUGGUUGUGUUGUGUUGGUGGGAUUGGGACCAGCAGAUAUAACUUUACCAAUCGUCGAUGCUUCUGUCCGUGAAGUUGAUAUCAGAGGCAUCUUCAGAUAUGUCAACUGUUAUCCAACGGCUCUAGCCAUGAUUGCUUCAGGAAAAGUGAAUGUGAAACCCCUCAUCACCCAUCGAUUCAAACUACAAGACAGUGUCAAGGCAUUUGAGACUGUUGCUAGGGGUGAGGGCAUAAAGGUCAUGAUUCACUGUGGAUAGCAACCAAUCAAAUUGUCCAGUUAAUGCAGACACACUCUGGUGUAGGGAACAGACAUGGAAUAUUGAAUGAAAAUUAGGAAUAUUUUUACUGAAUUAAUGAAUCCUGACUCUUAAAAUUGCUGACUUAUCAAAAGAUUUUUCAAUUGUUGAAACUGACAGAUAUAUAAAGAUGAGAAAAAGUAUUAGCUUCGACAACUCAUGAUCUGUUACGCAACUGUUUGUACACGUACAAUGCAAUUUUGUUCCUUAGUUUUACAGCAGCAGUUUGUAUUCAUGAUUGCUUUUGUGCUUCAGCAAUGUUUUGACUGAUUUUGUGUAAACAUUUUGAUUGCCUUUAAUUGAUUUUGUCUGUGAUAUAGCCAUAUUUAGGUGGUAGAAAUGCAUUUAGUACAUUAACCUUGACAUGUACCCUCUGUCCAUAAAAUUACAAUUGCAUUUAAAAUACAUGUUUCUUCAGA